GGCGGGCGGCCUCGCGGUGCCUAGGCGCGGGCGGCCGGCCUGGAUCGUUCAGUCGCGCGGAGCCGGGCCCGGGAACGCAGGCGGCGGCAGGAUGAACAGCAUCAAGAACGUGCCGGCGCGGGUGCUGAGCCGCAGGCCUGGCCACAGCCUGGAGGCCGAGCGCGAGCAGUUCGACAAGACCCAGGCCAUCAGCAUCAGCAAAGCCAUCAACACCCAGGAGGCCCCCGUGAAGGAGAAGCAUGCCCGGCGCAUCAUCCUGGGCACUCAUCACGAGAAGGGGGCCUUCACCUUCUGGUCCUACGCCAUCGGGCUGCCGCUUCCCAGCAGCUCCAUCCUCAGCUGGAAGUUCUGCCACGUCCUCCACAAGGUCCUUCGAGACGGCCACCCCAACGUGCUGCACGACUGCCAGCGGUACCGGAGCAACAUUCGGGAGAUCGGAGACUUGUGGGGCCAUUUGCAUGACCGAUACGGGCAGCUGGUGAAUAUUUACACCAAACUCUUGCUGACCAAGAUCUCCUUCCACCUCAAGCACCCCGAGUUCCCUGCGGGCCUGGAGGUGACAGACGAGGUGUUGGAGAAGGCCGCUGGGACCGACGUCAACAACGUCUUCCAGCUUACCGUGGAGAUGUUCGAUUACAUGGACUGUGCACUGAAGCUCUCUGAAUCAGUUUUCCGGCAGCUCAACACGGCCAUUGCCGUGUCCCAGAUGUCCUCGGGCCAGUGCCGCCUGGCCCCCCUCAUCCAGGUCAUCCAGGACUGCAGCCACCUCUACCACUACACGGUCAAGCUCAUGUUCCAGCUGCACUCCUGCCUCCCGGCAGACACCCUGCAAGGCCACCGCGACCGGUUCCAUGAGCAGUUUCACAGCCUCAGAAACUUCUUCCGCAGAGCCUCUGACAUGCUCUACUUCAAGCGGCUCAUCCAGAUCCCCCGGCUGCCCGAGGGACCCCCCAACUUCCUGCGGGCCUCAGCGCUGGCCGAGCACAUCAAGCCGGUGGUGGUGAUCCCCGAGGAGGCCCCCGAGGACGAGGAGCCCGAGAACCUCAUCGAGAUCGGCACGGGGCCCCCCGCCGCGGAACCAGCGGUGGUGGCUGACCUCUUCGAGCAGACAUUUGGACCCCCCAAUGGCUCCAUGAAGGACGACAGGGACCUCCAGAUGGAGACUUUGAAGAGGGAGGUGGAGACGCUCCGCACGGAGCUGGACAAGAUCCAGCUGGAGGCCCAGCGGUACGUGGCGCAGCUGAAGGGCCAGGUGAACGCGCUGGAGGCCGAGCUGGAGGAGCAGCGGAAGCAGAAGCAGAAGGCCCUGGUGGACAACGAGCAGCUGCGCCACGAGGUGGCCCGGCUGCGCGCCCUCCAGCUGGAGGGCGAGCGCGACCAGGGACUGCGAGAGGAGGCGGAGAAGAAGGCCUGCGCCACCGAGGCGCGCUACAACAAGCUGAAGGAAAAGCACAGCGAGCUCAUCAACACGCACGCCGAGCUGCUCCGGAAGAACGCAGACACGGCCAAGCAGCUGACGGUGACCCAGCAGAGCCAGGAGGAGGUGGCGCGGGUGAAGGAGCAGCUGGCCUUCCAGGUGGAGCAGGUGAAACGGGAGUCAGAGAUGAAGCUGGAGGAGCAGAGCGACCAGCUGGAGAAGCUCAAGAGGGAGCUGGAGGCCAAGGCGGGGGAGCUGGUGCGUGCGCAGACGGCCCUGAGCCGCGCCGAGCAGAGCGGGUUGGAGCUGAGCUCGAGGCUGGAUGCGCUGAGUGCGGAGAAGGACACACUGAGCAGCGUCGUGCGGCAGCGGCAGGCUGAGCUGGCGGCGGCCCAGAGCCUGGUGCGGGAGAAGGAGGAGACGCUGAGCCAGGAGCAGCAGCGCAGCUCCCGGGAGAGGGACGAGCUGCAGGGGCGGCUGGCGGACAAGGAGUCUCAGGAGCAGGGGCUGCAGCGCAGGCUGCUAGAUGAGCAGUUCGCCACGCUGCGGGGCACCGCUGCCGAGGCCGAGCGCGUCCUGCAGGACGCCGUGGGCAAGCUGGACGAUCCCCUGCACCUGCGCUGCACCAGCUCUCCGGACUACCUGGUGAGCAGGGCCCAGGCUGCCCUGGAUGCUGUGAGCGCCCUGGAGAAGGGCCACGCCCAGUACCUGAUCUCCAGGGCAGACGCCUCUGCCCUUGUGGCAGCCCUGACCCGGUUCUCCCACCUGGCCGCGGACACCAUCGUCCACGGCAGUGCCACCUCCCACCUGGCCCCCACUGACCCUGCUGACCGCCUGAUCGACACCUGCAGGGAGUGUGGAGCCCGCGCUCUGGAGCUUUUGAGGCAGCUGCAGGAUCAGCAGGCUCUGCUGCAGGCCCAGCCCGGCCUGGUGCGGAGCCCCCUGCAGGGCAUCCUUCAGCUGGGCCAGGAGCUGAAGCCCAAGAGCCUGGAUGUGCGUCAGGAGGAGCUUGGGGCUAUGGUGGACAAGGAGAUGGCGGCCACGUCUGCGGCCAUCGAAGAUGCGGUGCGGAGGAUCGAGGACAUGAUGAACCAGGCCCGCCAUGCCAGCUCUGGGGUGAAGCUGGAGGUGAAUGAGAGACCCUUUUCUCUCUUUUCCCCACCCUUGCGCUCCUCUCAGGAUCCUCAACUCCUGCACAGACCUGAUGAAGGCCAUCCGGCUCCUGGUGACAACAUCCACGAGCCUGCAGAAGGAGAUCGUGGAGAGCGGCAGGGGGGCAGCCACGCAGCAGGAAUUUUACGCCAAGAAUUCGAGGUGGACGGAAGGCCUCAUCUCCGCCUCCAAGGCCGUGGGCUGGGGAGCCACGCAGCUGGUGUAUGUUGCCCCAGGGAGUCAGCUGACAAGGUGGUGCUUCACACGGGCAAGUACGAGGAGCUCAUCGUCUGCUCCCACGAGAUCGCAGCCAGCACAGCCCAGCUGGUGGCGGCCUCCAAGGUGAAGGCCGACAAGCACAGCCCCCACCUGAGUCGCCUGCAGGAAUGCUCGCGCGCCGUCAACGAGAUGGCCGCCAGCGUGGUGGCCUCCACCAGGUCGGGCCAGGAGCAGAUCGAGGACAGAGACACCAUGGACUUCUCCGGCCUCUCCCUCAUCAAGCUGAAGAAGCAGGAGAUGGAGACCCAGGUGCGGGUCCUGGAGCUGGAGAAGACUCUGGAGGCGGAGCGCGUGCGGCUGGGCGAGCUGCGGAAGCAGCACUACAUGCUGGCCGGGGCCGUGGGGACGCCCGGUGAGGAGGAGCCCGGCCGGCCCAGCGCUGCCCCCCGCGGCGGGACCUCCAAGAAGCCACCCCUGGCCCAGAAGCCCAGCGUGGCCCCCAGGCAGGACCACCAGCUUGACAAAAAGGAUGGCAGCUACGCGGCCCAACUCGUCAACUACUAGGCCCCCCGCCGAGGGGUCCAGCGGGGAGGCUGACGGCCAGGCCUGGGCCUCGUGGCUGAGAAGCCUCUGAGAAGGCCCAGCCCUCGCUG